AUGAACUACAGUAACCUUGACCAACUUCAAGAAAUCUAUUAAUAAAAUAACCAAAAAUAAUUAGCCCUCUUCAAAAUAUUAGCAGAGAGUAGAUAGAAUCUAGGUUUUUUGAAGUGGCAAUAAGAGAUAACUAAUAAAUACCAUUUCAAUGUGACUAAAUAAGUUAUAUGGACAGUAUUGAACUCAUUCCAUGAUGUAUAGUCUUCCCCUGAUGGAGAUACAUAUGCUUCAUAGAAAAUUACUAAUGAAGAUGGAGAUGUAAAAUACUUCCUCUACAAAUGGUUGGAGCACAAUCAAACAUGGAGCAUAACUGAUAAAAAUUUCCAGGCAAAAGCUAUUAGAUUUGAUAGGCUUGGAAAAUUUUACUACUUAAGUCCAGAUAAUUGCGUUUACAGCUCCGACAAGUAGAUUCUAGUUUGUGGUCUCUCUGACUUUGAGGUUACAUCUGACUAAAAAAUUAUAGGAAUCAAAGAUCCAAAUGGAAGUCUAGAAUCAGAUACCGUAGACUCACUUUUUAGAACUGAUGAAGUUUCAGGUUAUAAGUACAAAGCAUUAGUUGAUGUAAAGACAAUAGCGCUAAAUUAGGAUGAACUCGUAACUUUGGACCUUAAUGGAAAAGUAAAUGAGGAAUACAAUGGUAUUUGCAUGAAAGACAUUACUGCUGGCGUUGACGCCUCAAUGUGGGGAUUACUCUGCGAGGAUAAUGUUACAGACUAUGAAAUCGUCAAAUGGUAGAUCUUGAUUGAUAAAUGGUACAUGGUCCCUGGAGCAAGAGCUGUAAGUCUCUCUGCUUACAAUGAAGUUUCAGUGGCUAUUCUUGACUCUUAAGGAAUGAUUAGACUCUCAUCAAUGAUUUAAAACGAUAAUCAAACAGUUUCAUACAUCACAAUAAAUAGUGAAAUCGGCCAGAUUUCUAAUUAAAUUCACCUUAAGCAUGGAAAGAGCUAUGUUGGCUCCUCAACUCAUUGA